AUGGACAUUUACAAGAGGUAUGCCUCGGGCGAACACGACAGGGAGUUUUUUGCAAAGCAUAAUAAUAACGAACUAAUUAAGCUACGACCUUUACUGGGACAGUUCGACAAUGUUGAUGCAAAAUCAGUUUCAAGACCAGUGCUGUACUGGCAAGCAAUCUUCCCACAAGCGGCGUUUUUCGCUGGUUACGACCAUGAGCUUUUCGGUCAUGUUGUAACUGUCGUGUACAAGAACGAGGUUACUUCGAAAUUGAGUGCUGUUUCAAUUACUAAAUAUGGCUGCAACGUCUAUGAAAACCUCUUGCUUGAUGUCAGGCUGCGCUUCUGGCCAGCUUGCGAGAACUUGGAUGAGAAACACAAAGAUUCCAAUGUCAGAAGAGCUCUUGCCAUAGCCAAUUUGAAAAAUCAUAAUCAACUUCAUAAUAAUAGCGAGAGCUUCCAUUCCCGUUGGGACGAGACAAACGCAGGUGCCUUGGCAAGCUCUAUGGAUGUAUUGACAGGGAAGGUCCCUGUGGAAUUGGGCGAGAAAUUGUUACAGUUGGGCCUUCUUCAGGAUCACUGGGUGUCCUCAAUGCUUGUAGAUGUGGUCUAUGACUCGAAAACGCCUUUGAACGGCGAGAAUACAAUUGAAGAGAACAACAAGCUUGUAUUUGCCUUGGGAAAACAAAUGGACCAACUUUUUGAUCCCUUACUCGAAUACUCCCCUCAGGCCAUGGACUACCACUAUGUUAUUCCCCAGCAUCCCGUUCCUACAGUUCUCCAAAACAAUGUUCAAGUGAAUAAGGUUCUAGACGAGCUCUUUGAUGUUCAAGCUAAUUAUGCUAUGGACUUAAUAGCCAUUUUACAGGACCUCAUCAAUCCUCUCAGAGCUAAAGUGCUUUCAUCGAAAUCUUCCUUGGGCAUUCAGAAAGUCAACCUCAUAUUUCCACCAACCAUCGAUGAGAUUUGUCGAAUUAACUGCAUCCUCCAUGACUCUUUGACCCGUGCAAGAAAGUAUGGAUAUGUUGAAGUAUUUCAUGUGUUUGAGAACAUUCUUCCUUACUUCUACAAAGCAUUCAUUAGGCACGAAGCUAAUCUACGCAAUUUCCAUUCCCGCUUAUCAAAAUUUUUGGAGAAGGAGUCCAAGCUCAUGUCGUCACCUGAAAUAAAUCGGAGAAAAUUUUCUGCAAGAUCUAUCGAGGCAAUCGUCUCAGGAUCCAUUUUGGAAUUACCAAGAUUAAAGCUCAUCCUCAAACGUCUUCACUCCCUGAUCGAAAUGGAGAAGGCUAGGUACAAAGACAUUGAGCAAGCUAAUAAUAGUGAGGCUCCAAUUCUCGAUAAGGCCUUUAACACAUGUGUCGAAAUAAUUGAUAGUUUCGGGUAUAAUGAACAGGAGCAAGAGCCUUCAACUAAAAAUCGUGUCUUCACACCAUCCGGCAAACUACUCACUGAGAUUGCCACAGAAUGGCCAAAUGAGCUUCAAUAUGGCUGGAUAAAUCGAAAAGUCAUAGGCGUCCAUGAAAUGAAAGAGGUGAUUUCGACACCUGCCAGUUCACAAAUACUUAUCAUCUUCUCCGACAGUCUUCUAUUUCUUGAUCUGUUUCUGAAUGAAACAGAUUCUUCCUUGCUGGUUCCAUCAGUUUUGAUGAAUUCCCUUAUCAACGAGAAGCCAUUGCCGAAGCUCUCUCAAUUUCCUCAACUAAAGGUCAAAUUCUGGUGUCCUGUCACGGACGUCAUUGCUCAGGGUUAUCAGUUUCAAGACGAGACUUUCCUUUCGUUCAUGGCGUUUGGGGAGUCUGAGUUUAGAGAUCGCAAUGGAAGUCCACAGAAUCUGGUUCAGACUUUCAAGGUGGUGGAUUGCGCAGAGCAUUCAAUUACUUCUAGUCUCCAGAAAGCCAAAGUCCUCCAAAAGACAACCUCCUUUCAUCUUUUCAGUGAUCAGGAAGGCGGAAUUCUGCGAUUAUAUUGUGCCCACGAAAGACAUGCUUACAAAUCUGAAGCCUCAACAGCUCCAAUUGUGAUUCUUCUCAACCUUAAUCAUGAUGAAAUUGAGCGGUUAUUCAAUGAUCAUCCACACGUCUACCUAGUUCUUAAUGCCUCUUUCUUGAACCAUCACACAGUGCAUAUUUCCGGCCAUGAUCGUUCAGGGAAGUAUAAAGUUGAAGAAAUCGUCGGAAUAGCAGAUCUUCGGGAAUCAGUAAGAGAGAUGCUUUCGCAAGCUAUUGAUGCAUUUUACCAUUCGUCCCAUUUUUCAAAUGUGGUCAUCCAAGGUUACGAGAAAUCACUUGCUUAUUUCGCCGAUAGCUACGCUAAGGAGACCCUGGGUAAAGCUAUCCUGAAAGUGGCGAAGGAUAUGCCUUCAGGGCAAGAAAUGAAUAAAAUUACUAGUGAGAGUCUCACCGCAGGUGAACAAGAACGAAAUGUGUCCGGAAGGUCUAGGAAUAUCAGCGCAGAAAGGUCGAAGCCCUUGAAAAACUACGGCGAACCAAAUGCGGAUUCUGAGAAUUUGAGCGUUGAGGCAGCCAGUACUUGUAUGCCAAAACUUUUCUUGCUCAGCUUAUUUCAUAAAUUGGGAAAGAAGAAGAGGAAAACACCACGGAAAAGUGUUCCUGCUGAUAUUCGUGUCAAAGAGAGUGAGAAGAAAGUUCCCGGAACGGAAAACCCAUGUGGAAAGAAGCAGGUGUACGAAAGUAUCUACAAGCCUGUUCCUACUUUACGAGAAAGUUCUAUAUCGUCAGCGCCUGUCUCUGAACGUGAGCCUCAGCAUAGGAGCCUCUCGACCAACACUGGAAGCUCGUCUCAUUAUACCAAUACUUCCUUACAGGUGCAAUCCAACUUCCAAUUCCCUCCCGGCCCUGCUGUGGAGAAUGCAAUCACAGAUGGGUCCCAUAGCAAGCCAGCGACCUUGCCGGUAAAGCGUGUUGUUUCUACUGUACAUGAAGAAGGUCAAAUUCCGGACGACCAAUUGCCUAAUACAACUAUCACAGACAUUAAUCUGUCUGACAUCGAAAAGAAUGAUGUUAUGCUCGAUACAGUGGUUGACCGUGUUUUGGAAAGCAAGGAAGCUGCUCCUCAGUCCCCACAGUAUAGAGUCACUCAAGGGAAGAAGUUGUUUUCUGAGAGCGGAAUUCCAUCGAAACCAAAGAAGAGAGUUUUCCUGAGUCAAGACAUUGCGAAUGCAUUGGAACAGAUCAAUGCAGCUGGAAUAUCUCCAGAAACGUACGCAAAGUACAAAAAAUAUGAGGAACUACCUACCGUCGAUUUUUACAGUGACGGGGAGGCAAACUGGAUAACUAUCACAAGGGAGGAUUCUUCCAAUUUGGCAAGAGAAGUACGAGCCAUGAAGGAGGAAGCCAAUAUGGACACAUUGGAUGUGAUUGACGUUGGCAAUGCCGGAUCUCCGUUGAGAAUGACUCCACAGAAAAUACGCUACAACACCAGUGAUGGUACCAUUUCAAGCACUGAUAAUGAUGGCAUCGACGAGAAUUUAAGUCAAGACACAGUCAAACUUCAGCCACCUCAACCACCAGCUCAUAACGUUCUUCCUACAGAAGAGUCUCAAGAGUCCCUUAGCUCAUUCCAAUACAUGAGUGAGUUUGGAAGAAAGUUGGAUGAGGGUUUCCAUCUUGAGGAUCUGUGGGACCAGAGGUCUUUGCCGUUUACUGUAGACACCUUGGUCGUGGAAGAAAAGGAGGAGCCAGAGAACAAGUCCACCUCUGACAUGCAUUCGCUUACCGUCUCAUCAGAAGAGUACUUCUCGCCAGAAGAGUACAUGAGUGCAUUAAAAAGUGAGCUUUUUCCCGAGGAAGUAGAUGUUGGCCACACCUUAACCCUGUCUUCAAGUGAGAAGACACUUAUGAAUGUUGCAAGGGAGUUUGAGAAGGCAGAUGACGACAACGGAUUUCAAAUAAAGUUCGAUUCGGUCGCCUAUCUUUCGGAUAUUCUUAAUGGCACCGUCAAGAUCUAA